CAUUGGUGUUAUCUAUAACAGAUUAACCAACUGUUAAUAUAACAAACUAACGUGAUGAUGAUUUUCUUAACUUUUUUUUUGUAGUUUGAACUAUUGAACUUUGUACUUUGAAAUGUCCUAUCAAUAAAUAAUUAUAAUUUGUUCAACUAUUAAUUAGCUGGUACGCACAGUCAGCUACAAGUUUCACGAGCUCGUACUCAAUAUUCACAUAAUAGUCGUUGGCGAAAAGGUAUCCUAAAAAAUACAUUAGUUAAAUCUGCUAUUUUGAAUGUAGAUGGGUAGUGUUAACAAUAAAAUAAAAUCAUUAUCAUGUUGAGAUUUAAAACAGGAAAGAGCCUAAUAACUUAUACCCAGCGGUCUUUAUCCACAACAUCAACUUUGAGAGAUGUUUUUAUUGUCAGUGCUACUAGAACUCCAAUUGGUUCUUUUGGUGGAUCAUUGAAAAGUCUUUCUGCUACUAAACUGGGUGCUAUAGCUAUUCAAGCUGCUGUUGAACGAUCUGGAAUUUCUAAAGAUGAAAUUCAGGAAGUUUUUAUGGGAAAUGUGUGUCAAGGUGGUGUUGGACAAGCGCCAGCUAGGCAAGCAACAAUAUUUGCUGGAUUACCUAAAUCAACUAUAUGUACGACAAUAAAUAAAGUCUGUGCUUCUGGAAUGAAGUCGGUCAUGUUGGCUUCUCAAAGUUUAAUAUGUGGCCAUCAACAAAUAGUAGUUGCUGGUGGUAUGGAAUCUAUGUCUAAUGUACCGUUUUAUCUAGCAAGAGGAGAUACAAAAUAUGGUGGUGUGAAUUUAUCUGACGGAAUUGUGUUUGAUGGUUUAACUGAUGUAUACAAUAAAGUUCACAUGGGCAGUUGUGCUGAAAAUACAGCUAAACAAUGUGGCAUAAGUAGAGCACAACAAGAUGAUUUUGCUUUAAGUAGUUACAAAAAAAGUGCUGAUGCUUGGAAACAAGGACAUUUUUCUCAAGAAAUUGUUCCAGUUAAUGUUCCUCAAAAAAAAGGUAAACCUGAUAUUGUUGUAACUGAGGAUGAAGAAUUUAAAAGAAUAGAUAUUGAAAAGUUUAAGAAAUUGAAUACAGUUUUUCAAAAGGAAAAUGGUACCGUUACUGCUGGAAAUGCAUCAACAAUUAAUGAUGGAGCUGCUGCUUUAGUUUUAACAAAUGAAAAUGUUGUAAAAGAAUUAAAUUUAAAACCUUUAGCUAGAGUAGUUGCAUUUCAAGAUGGUGCUACUGACCCUAUUGAUUUUCCAAUUGCACCAGCAUUUGCUAUACCCAAAUUGUUAAGCAAAAGUGGUUUUUCCAAGGAUGACAUCGCAUUGUGGGAAAUAAAUGAAGCUUUCAGUGUAGUUGUUUUAGCUAAUAUAAUGAAAUUAGAUCUUGAUCCAUCUAAAAUCAAUGUACAUGGUGGGGCUGUUAGCUUAGGUCAUCCAAUUGGGAUGUCUGGUGCUAGGAUUGUGGUUCACUUAGCUCAUGCAUUGAAACCAGGACAGAAAGGUGUAGCUUCCAUUUGUAAUGGUGGUGGUGGAGCAUCAUCAAUUCUUAUUGAACGUUUAUAAUACUUUGUAAAUUUUGUUAGAAGUAUUUUUACUUCACAAAAAUUAUUAUUAUACUAUAUUAUUGCAGCAUAGUUGUGAGUUAAGACUGCAAUUCAUUUAUAUAUAUAUAUAUACAUAUAUUUAUUCAAAUAAAAUGAUGGUUUUAUUUAAA